AAUUACUCCACCUCCAACCUGAAGAAGCAUCUUAAAUGCUCGCAGAUGUCCACAGCCUGGCGCUGAAGCGGGCGCUUGCCAGCAGCCCAGAUGCAUUUGCGACUCGUUGCCAUUGUGAUGUCCUUCCUAUGCGAGGUGAUCAAAAUGGGGUCCGGCGUGGUGCAGAAGCAAAGCGCUCACAGAGAGACAUCGGAGGAAUGUCGGAGCUGCCUGGAGUGUUCCCGUGACAACGGCUGUGUGCGUUGCCCCGAGCGACUCUUCCUGUUCCUGCAGAGGGAGGGGAUGUCUCACCAUGGAACUUGUCUCCACGCCUGCCCCGCUGGACACUACGGACAGAGAGGGAAGGACAUCAGCCGCUGCAUGAAGUGUCGCUCUUCGGACUGUGAGCACUGUUUCAGCCGGGACUUCUGCACCAAGUGUAAGCCCAACUUCCAGCUGUACAAAGGCAAGUGUCUGACCCGCUGCCCAGGAGGAACCUUCGCCCACCAGACAGACUGCGUCGAGGACUGUCUCCUGGCUCCGUUGGGAGAGUGGAGCGACUGGAGCGUCUGUCUCCGUGACGGCGUCCCCUGCGGCUUCAGGUGGGGCAAGCAGACCAGGACCCGGGGGAGCGGGCAGUCCGGGAGAGCGCUGGAAGAGAAAGCGGCAUCAUUUUGCCCAUCCCACAGCGAGACACAGAGGUGCAGGAUGAAGAAAAAGUGUCCUACAGAAAGAAGAACGAAUAAAAAAGGAGGAUUUGGAAGGAAGGAGAGAAAACAACAGCCGCUCGCCAACGACAACGUCGGCAACUCGCCGAACGGAACCGCAGACGGCGCCGGCGAGCACGAGGGUCAAUGGAGGGACGAGACGGACGCACAGCUCAACGCCACAGCUCAACGCCACACCUGACGCGUGUCGGCCGACGUCAGCGGGAGCUUUGUAACCUGAGGGCGCGUCAGUGUUUCUGUUCAGCCUGUACAAUCUUUGUUAACACACACACUGCCACUCACCACAAUCUUGUUGAGAACAAAUAAGUCGAUAAUAUGACUAAGAAAUACUUAGGCUAUGUUCACACUUGGCGUCUUUUUUGACACGAAAAAGUUGACUAGGGCGCUUUUGUAGUAA